CCUGAAAAUGCACAGAUUUUUGUAUUUCUGGUGCGACGGGUUCAAAGUUUAAUUUCAAAUAUCACAUAUGAAUUUAGAUGAAUAGACUCCAGUAAUGUGGAUUUAAAGACUUAAGUAAGAGAUAAUACACACUUUGACUGUAAUGCAGCCUUUAAAGCCUUGCCGUCACACGUUGGGUGCAUGUGAGGGAAUGGAUGUUGAACUCUCUUGUCUCCCUCAGAGCCUCCUGUGGUGCAGCAGCUGAAGAGAACAGUUAGAUUCUUCCAGGACUACAGACAGAUGAUCAUCGAGCCCACGAGCCCGAAGCUUCUCCCCGACCCUCUGAAGGAGCCGUACUACCAGCCUCCGUACACUUUAGUGCUGGAGCUGACCGACGUGCUGCUGCACCCCGAGUGGUCGUUGGCGACAGGUUGGCGCUUUAAGAAGCGUCCGGGCAUCGAUUAUCUGUUCCAGCAACUAGCUCCACUCUACGAGAUCGUUAUCUUCACUGCAGAGACCGGCAUGACGGCGUAUCCUCUGAUCGACAGCAUCGACCCUCAAGGUUUCGUCAUGUAUCGUCUCUUCAGAGAUGCUACACACUACAUGGAGGGACACCACGUUAAGGACGUGUCGUAUCUGAACCGAGACACCAGCAAGGUGAUCGUGGUGGACUGUAAGAGGGAAGCCUUCCGCCUGCAGCCUUUCAACGGCAUGGCUCUGAAGAAAUGGGACGGAAACUCAGAGGAUCGAACGCUGUACGACCUCGCCAACUUCCUCAAGACUAUUGCUCUGAGCGGCGUGGAUGAUGUUCGCUCGGUGUUGGAAAACUACGCUCUGGAGGACGACCCCAUCGACGCUUUCAAACGCAGACAGGCCCAGCUGGCACAGGAGGAGGAGCAGCGUUUAGCGGAGCUCGCCCAGCAGAAGAAACAGGGCCUCUCUCUUGGAUCCAUCGCCUCACGGUUCUGGCGCUCCAAACCCCAGUGAGCCCCGCCCCCUUUUCACACUUCCACCAAUCAGAGCCCGGCUUCUGCUCCGAAGGGGGAGGGGCCACAGAUGAAGGGGAGGCGGGGACUGGAACAAUGGACCGCUCUCUGCUCCAAUAAGAGACGUACUUCCUGUUCUUUUGGAGGCGGGGCUUCGGCCUCCCGUUUUGGUGUCACCUGAUCAAGCUGCUGAAUGGUUUAAAAAAAAAAAGAGAGAGAAAGAGAGACAGGUCAGAAUGAUGAACUCUGUUGCGGUUUUAGAGGCUGGUCUGAGAUCAGCGCCGCAUUCGCUACUCCGGCUCUGCUCGGCCCGCCGCGCCCGCAGGAUCUGACCUGAGAUCAGCUGCAAGAUGUGUAUUUAAUUUUAUUUUCUAUUCCUCUGUGAGUGUGUGUGUGUGAGUGUGUGAGUGUGUGUGUCCGAUGGGCUGCUGGAGGUAAAUAAUGAAUAUUGUUUAUAAGAAAUAAAAGAUGAACAGUAAGUAGUGUAAGAGUUUAUUCAAUAUGUUCGGCGGCAGAAUGAAGAUGCUAUCGGCAGCUGAGCAAUUUACCUAUUUUUGUUAAAGGGUCUGUUUUUUAUUCAAUUUGUUUGUCUACAUAUUCCCCCAAAAAGACUCUGUGCUGUGUCUCCCUUCAGAUCAGGAAGCAGCGUGAUCUACUGUGAACACCUGCGCAGUGUGUGAACUACAAUCACCACAAUAGCCGCUGUUAGCUUGCUAGCUAGCAACGUUAUCAUUUGCAGUAACGAAAAAUCUUUACAGACGGAUAAAUUAACCACGGGUUCUUUCCCACAUAGUGGAACGUAACUUAAAUAGUGAACAAAUAAACACUUUUUAUUUGUAGAGUGCUGUGUUUAACGGAGCAGUCUCAGCUAGUUACGUAGAUUUGGUUAAGUAGCGUUCGUUACGUAGCGUUCGUUACGUAGCUUUGGUUACGUAGCUUCGGUUACGUAGCUUUCUUUACGUAGCUUCGGUUACGUAGCUUUCUUUACGUAGCUUCGGUUACGUAGCUUUCUUUACGUAGCUUUCUUUACGUAGCUUCGGUUACGUAGCUUUCUUUACGUAGCUUCGGUUACGUAGCUUUCUUUACGUAGCUUUCUUUACGUAGCUUCGGUUACGUAGCUUUCUUUACCUAGCUUCCGUUACGUAGCAUCAGUAAUGUAGCAUCAGUAACGUAGCUAGUUAGGUAGCUGGAGUUACGUAGCCAAGAUGGGCGUUCAUGUGUACAGAAAUGUCCAGCGUUUGGCAUCGUUAUCUGCAUCCUCACAUUGGUUCCUAACGAAGAUUAAUAUCUUUAAAAACACAAAUAUAUAUACUUAAAUAAAAAACAAAUAUGGGCAAAAAUGUCCACAAACAGCUGCUCACUCUAGUUUUUAAACAAGGAAACAAGAGGAGUGAGUAGGUUUGAUUGGGACUACUUUCUGCGGCAGAUUAAUCCGCAUUUAUGGAAAUCCAUUUUCAACCUAAAUGCCAGAAUGAAUGUCCAAAAAAGUCAGAUUAUAUUAUAAUUUGAAAGGCCAUUUUUUAUGGUGGAAGGAAAACGUCCGUCUAAAACAACUCCUACUUGUUCUACGUGUUACUGGUGAGGAUUUACGCCUCUAAUAAAACAAGUUCCUAAAUGGUUAAAUAAAUGCCUAAAAAAGCUGCUAAAUUUAGUAUAAACAUUUUUUUUUACAGGAGGAAAAUUGUGCUUUUUGUUGGGACUACUUUCAUCGGCGGAUUAAUCCACGUUUGUUGCUGUAUUUGUGACGGUGUGUGUGGGGGUCUAAAUUAAACUAAAGUGUGUGUUUAUGGUAACUAAAGAACCUUACAAACCUGUUUCGGAGAACUUUUCCUCUAAAUAUACAAUAUUUGUUUGUUUUUUUACUAUAAAUGUUUUUAAUAAUCCUACAUAUUUGCGUCCUUUUCUCCCCAAACGUUUUACGCUCAGCUGCCGUUCUUCUUGGUGUGUUUAUUGAAAGAUUGUGAGACUCAUGUUGAUGUGAACUCACCAUCGACGUCCUCAAUAAAGCGGAGAAACCAACA